AUGGAGGAAAGGGAGACAAGUUACAGUGGCCUAGAGCCAGAGACCCAUGCAGAAAUCACUCUCAACGCGGACUGUCAUGACGCGUUGCAUCGUCCCUGCCCCAACUCAGAUUUACAAGUAUUGGUGGAUCUUCGGCAUCAAAGUAUUGGCCCCCGUGAUGCAGACGACCCCUAUGCAAUCUCGGAGCAGUGCCAAAGUGGCGAAGAAAUCUUAAUCAUAGGGGGAAAAAGCUUUGAAGACGUUGAAAACGUGAAGCUUCAUGCGAAGGAAAUAAAACGCCCAGUCAAAAUAGAAGAGCCUGUAUCGCUGGCCUCGCUCGACAUGGCAUGCAAUGCGAGCGAAAAUUUUACUGGCUGCACGACUCUUACUAACUUGGACUUGCUAUCAGAAAAAAGCCAAUGCGAGACGUCAGACAUACUCAUAAGCAAGAUUUUAACCGAUGAUAUGCCUAAAGUAAAUCCAGAAAAAGAACUGGAUUCAAAGAAACGUCGACGCCCUAACUUGAAUGAGAAGAAAGUUAAGAAGCGUGAUAAUGAUGAACAAAAAGCGAUGACGAAAGCAUCGCGAAAGCGCACACGGUCCAAGGCAAGUGGUACCACCGCGCACAAGACUGAUGAUGAAGAAAUUAAAGCUUUCCGAUCGUCUCAGCGGGCUCUCCUCAAAGAGGCGAAGCACGUCAGCAUGAAGGACAUCAUGCUACGUUCCCUUAACUCGUUAACGAAUCUUGAGGAUGGGCUUGGAACAAGUAGUUCUCCCGAGAGCCCCUGCGAGUGGAGUAAUAGCAGGGAUCCUGUUAAAUUCUUGUCGGACACCGUUGGCUUGGCAAGUACCUCACCGCUAGACAUAGACGUCUCGAUCGAGAAUGGCACUCGGGAGGCGGCCACCAACUUUGACAGAGCCGAUGACAGCAAUCCAGCCUCCUUAAGUUUUAUGUCUCCUCCGGCGCUUUCAUUUUCGUCCCCAACGCUUGUAGAUAGCAUCACGAGCCGUUUUAUUGCCACCGCCCAGAGGCAAAAGAAACAGAACGUGGAGCGGUUGUUACCUCUCGAGCUCACCUACUCCCAGCGCUCGCAUCCUUCCAAAAGCGGCCUCAGGGGUCUCACCAACUACAACAGCUCGGGCGCGGUUCUCGAAGAGUCUUCCUCCUCCACGACGUGGGUAGGUCCUGGUGGGCAUCCAAAGCUUGUCUCUCAGCAAGGCUUCUCUGAUAGCGACGAGGAGCUGAUCAUAGGCGUGAACGACGACCAGGAGUGGCGGAAACCCGACAAAGGCAUCCACAACGUCCCUUCGGAUCGGUAUACAAGCGAUACCGCGGAUGGCGUGUUGGUAAAGCCUUCUGAACGAGGAUCAGAGAGCUGUUUAGCCUCUUCGCGUCUGCCAUCUUACCUCGGUGGAGGGGCCUCGCCGACUGGAACUCCAAGCGGGGCCGUGGAUGGUGUCGAAGACGAGGACGAAUCUUCGCAAGUGGCGAUAGCGCGCGCUAUCACGCGCAGGCAUGAAAUGUGGAAGCUCAGACAUCGAGAGAUGAAGGGGCAAAGGUUGGUAGAGCAAGACGAGCGUUGCAAGGGAAAGAAAAACACCUCCAGAGUCCUUCCUAGCUCCCAUUCCGCAACCUUAUCUGCCCAGGUCGAGAGAGAGAAAAUUUUGCAUCCAAUGCCUGGUGGAUCUGCUGUCCUGUCAACAAGUAUCCAUGCGUCAACGGAAGUUCACCUUGACAGAUCUCUCGAAACGUUCACUAGCGGCACAUUAGCCUCGGCACCUUUCCCCGCUGCGGGCCGCGUUUACGCCGCGCACAGUAGCAAUUCACAGUCCAUUCAACAUGUCAAGCUUUCCGAGGACGACCUCUCGAUGAUACGCCGCCUCAAUAGUUUUGAUCACACCGCCACUCAGCGCGUCGUCGUGUUUGAGAGUACGAAACGAAAAGAGUAA